AUGCCGCGAUCUACUGCCUUCUUGAUCACCGCGCGUAAGCUACACGCGUUUAUCACUACCGGACACUCGAUAGCCGUCCGCGUCUUAGCACUCCCAGGAACCUUGGAGAACGUCGCCGAACAUAUUGAAAGCUACAGUACUCUUUGGCCCCCGUCUAAGGCCCCCAACCCCUCCCUCGAUUUCAAUAUCGAAUGGACAGAGGGUCGCAAUUUCAUGAAAGCUUUGGACGCUUGGAUUAAGAUUGCAGUAUUGCAAGAUACCGAUAGCGAUCACGCACCUUCUUCUUCAGCUUCGGACUCUCAACUAGACCCGGAAGCUGCGGUUUUCGUUACUCAACAGCGCGUCCUCCCUCAACCACCUGUCAGCCCAAUCACUCCUCCUGCGACACGAGCUCCUGCGACUUCCCCUCCGGCAGCCCCCCGUGCGUCUCGCAGACUUACCAUCAGCGGCCAGUUCCCUGAUAGUUCCGUGAUUGAACCCAGUCUCAUUCCCGACCAGGAGAUGUCGGCCCCUCCCCCCGCAUUCACGGCGGCCCAGCAAGAGGUCAUAAAUAAGGCUAUCUUAGCUGCAGUCGCACAAGCUCUAGCUAUGCAAGCCCAGCAGCCUCAGCCUGCCGUUCAGCCUGCUACCUUAGCAGCUGAUUUGCAGCCAACCCCCGAGUAUUUCCUUCCUGUUCUAGACUCCUCUGUUCCUAUCGUCGAGCAUAGUAAGGUCAAGUGGCCCCGCUCUCAAUUUAGCGACCACCGAGGCAAUGUCGAGUAUGACGCUUGGAAGAUGGACAUGAAGCUGUUCCUUGAGGAGUACUCGGGCAACUUUAUUACUGGUACAUCCCAAGUCAAGGCAUACUUCAAGUGCACCUCAAGUGAGGCCAAAUCAAUGAUUUUAGAGCACAUGUCCCUUGACUUCGCCGACUCUUGCACUUGCGCUGCUGAUGUUUUGCGUCUAUUGGACCACCGAUUCUUUGACCACAACCGUGUCCAGUCUGCUCGCAAAGCUUAUUACCAGCUCACUAUGAGUGGUAGCAUGUCUUACAACGACUUCCGAUCCAAGUUCACUGCACACGCAAUCACUAGCAAGAUCUCUCGCGCUCGUUGGUUCGAGGACAUGUGCGAAAAGAUUUCCCCUGCUCUUAAAACUCACUUGAUGAUCGAGAAAUACAAGAUGCAAAGCAGCUACGAACGCUUGGAUGAAUACCUAGCUAUUGUAGACAGAGAAUCUCGCAACAUCAAGUCGGAGGAAGCUGCUAUUGCACGUCGCUACGCUUCUUACGCCUCUUCCUCAUCUGCCAAUGUCUCGUUCACUUCGGGUGCAAGAACCUCAGGCACACGAGGUAUUUUGAAAAAGGAGACUUGGCGCCCAACAUCCCUUUCUCCUCGUGCUACUUCCCCAGCCCCCUCUCCUUUUGGUUCGCGCUCUACUAGUCCUUCUAGUAUUAUUUGUUUUGGCUGCAAGAAGCCUGGCCACAUGCAACGCGAAUGCCCUGACCUCAAGCUUGAUAAGAAGAUUGCUGAGAUGACUAUUGACUCCUACUACGGCGUUGGCCACAAUUUGUGGAAGGAAUUGCGAUUUGAUUUCCGGUCUCUCAUUGGAGGACCUCAGUUCUUAGUUCCUAUAGAACUAGCACGCAAUGGAUUUUUUAUCAAGACUACUGCACAUAUUGAUAGCGGAGCGAAUAUUUUUGGCGCGAUUAAAACCUCUUUGGCUUCUCAACUCUCCUCUCGAUUCGGUAACAAGUUUGUUACUUUACCUCACCCAAUCGUCCCUACUGGGUAUAAUGGCGCUCUAGGCGAUCCGAUCACCUACGUUAUACUUCUCACUCUUACAAUCGAUCGGCGUCGGAUUAAUUUCCCCUUUUUGGUCACGAACCUAGGUUCUACAGACGUAUUGAUUGGUCGAAAGUUCAUAGCUCACUACGAUAUCGGUCAAAGAUUCGGAGCCAAACCUCAAUUAUACUGGCCCUCUGAUAUGCUUGUUAUUCCGUACUUUGGACCACGCAUCUUUUUAGACCUCUCUCAUACAGCUACUAAGCUGAGUCAUCAGGCUGAUGCCUCCCGCCGCGAUCAAUUCGAAGUUGACCGUAGUCAACCCUCAACUAAAGAGAGGACAUGGCUCACCUUUGAUGAGCAUGAUUCCCGGCACACAACAAGCAUCUCUUUGAUUAGCGCGUCCCUAAUGAGAGCUACACUGCGACGCUUCCGCGAGAAUUACAGAGCUGCUAAGCAAGCUGGCACACCUCCCCCCGACGAGUUUGUUUUCCUAGCCUCAGUCCACGACAUUCAGCGCGAGCAAGAUCGGCGCGAUAUCGAUUCCGCGGACGAGGAAACCAUCCAAAUUGCUUCUAUGAAUGGUGUAAACCCAGCCCAAGCACUUAGCGUGAAGUACGCUGUCAAUGAUGCUAAGGUGGACCUAGAAUUGCCCUUCGAAUACGCUGAGUUCAAGGACCUUUUCUCUAAAAAAGCCUCAGACGUACUCGCAGUUCGGAGGCCUAAAGUAGACCACAAGAUUGUCUUGGCUACCGAAAAUACUUUGAUUACGAAGCUUCUUCGCCGCCUUACGGACGAGCAGCUAUCUGAGGUCAAGCAAUACGUCCAGGACCACUUGCACAAAGGAUUCAUCGAACCUUCGAAUGCUCCUUAUUCAGCCCUAAUUCUUUUCAUUAAGAAAAAGGAUGGAUCUAUAAGGCUCUGCGUCGACUACCGACGUUUGAAUUCGAUCACACAAAAAGAUCUUUACCCCCUCCCUCUCAUUAAUGAAAUGAUAGCUCGAAUCUCACGAGCUACAAUCUUUAUUAAGAUUGAUAUACAACAAGCAUUCCAUCGCAUUCGAAUCUCUUCCGAAUCAAAGGAAUUGACUACAUUCCGGACCCGCUAUAGUACUUACAAGUACAAAGUACUACCUUUCGGCCUCACGAAUAGACCUGCUACCUUUCAACGAUUCAUCAACGAUAUACUCAUGGAACACCUCGAUGAUUUCUGCUCCGCUUAUCUCGAUGACAUCCUCAUUUACUCUACUAAUGAGUUAGAGCACACCGAGCAUAUCAAGAAGAUCAUGCGUAUUCUCAACGACCAUGGCCUUCAAGCUGAUAUUAAGAAGUCUUGCAAGGAAGCUUGGGAGAAGCUCAAAGUGGCCCUCCAGAAUGCCCUUAUCUUGUGCCACUACGAUCCUUAUAAGCAAACGCGUCUCGAGACUGAUUCCUCCGACGGCGUAAUUGCUGGCGUCCUUUCACAGCUUCAAGAAGACGGGUUUUACUAUCCCAUAGGAUUUUUCUCUAAAACUAUGAUUGAUGCCGAGCUCAAUUACCUUAUUCACGACAAGGAGUUGCUAGCUAUUUUUCACGAUUCAAUUACAAUAGUCAAUUCGAUCCCCCUCUUCACUCAUAGGACGGCCGACACGGUCCCACAAGUGGUUUUGGCCCCAGUGGAAGAGGCGCCCCCGCACUUGCUUAUUCCGGGAGAUAUCCUUUUAGACGAAGACCCUUCCGACCAUACGAAUAUGAUAGCUUACGACAUCGACGGUUACGAUAUUAUCGACCGCGUGCUUCGUGCCAACGAGACCUCGCCACUUCUACAAGAUCUGCGAGAUGGGAUCGACACCGAUAUCGACUACGAACUACGAAGUGGCAAGCUAUACUUUCAAGGGCGGCUCGUCGUCCCGUUGGAACCCCUAGAGCUACGAACGGCCCUUAUUCGUCACGUCUACGACCAGCCAUGCGUAGCGCACGCGGGUAUUAUUAAAACCAGGCAGUUGCUGGAACUGCGUUAUAUUGCAAAUUGCAAGUGCGCUAGGAUGAAAGCCAAACGCGACAAGACCCCGGGAUUGCUCGUGCCCCUUCCUAUUCCAGCUCGGACCAAUCAGCACCUUACUAUGGACUUCACCGAGCUACCUUUGGACGAAGAGGGCUACGAUUUUGGCUUAGUUAUCGUGGACCGCCUUUCCAAACGAUCGAUUACAAUUCCUUGUCAUAAGAAUAUUACCGCCAAAGGCCUCGCUGACCUUUUCUUUGUUUACUGGGUUCGUUACUUCGGCAUGCCGGACUCAAUUGUCUCCGACCGUGGCCCUCAAUUCGUAUCAACUUUUUGGCUAUCCAAUGGCUAUGAGGCACGCUUUUCCUUCGAUCUGAUCAAUCCCGACCCUCCUUCGUCGGCUACGGAACGCCUUAACCGCGAAGAAGCUAUUCAGGUCGCUACCAGAGCGCAACAUGCUAUUGAAUUUGCCCAAUCGUCAAUUGCGGUCCAACAAGAAAAGAUGAAGCGACUAGCUGACCUACGCCGCCGACCCGCUGAUUGGACCGUGGGCGACGAGGUGUGGAUCGAUACGCGCAACUGGAAAAUGGACCGACCUUCACGGAAGCUCUUAGACAAGUGGUAUGGACCAGUAGAAGUGCUCGCUAAGGUCGGUGAGAGCUGGAAGGUCCAAUUACCUGAAGGUUGGAAAAUACACCCUGUCUUCCACUCACACUCCCUCCGCAAGUAUACUGGAAACCCCUUGCCGGGUCAGGUCAGAGAGCCCCCAGCACCCAUUCAGCUCCUUCCCGAACAGGACGAAUGGGAGAUCGAGGAAAUCCUUGGCUCUAAGGUCUCUUACAACACCUUAUACUACCAAAUCAAGUGGACUGGCGCAGAUGACGACCUCAAUUGGUACCCUUGCUCCGACGCAAUGACUGGCCUUCAUAUGCUCCGCCGUUUCCACCUCGCUCACCCUCAAGCUAAGGGUCCACCACGUGCUCUGCCUCUUUGGUUGCAAGCUUACAACGAAGGUAGAGAUGAUUACAGCGAGUUGGAAGACAAUCGACCUAUGACUGCAACUGCGAGGACGCAGUUUUUCGAGGGGGGGGGGUAG